CAGCCGAGGAGGUGCGCAGGGGCAGGAGAAACACGGAGGAAAGUGACAUUUCAAUCAUUUCGUGCGCUGAAUAUGAAUUUUGCUUGAUGUAUUUGGUCAGUUAAAGUGCAAUUAUGAGCGUGAGAUUACUAAAGAGAUCCUACUUUACGCACGCUUCAUGAAACCGCGUUGCUUUAUUUGGUACUGAGGCUGAAAUAGGAAAGUUGAAACAUGGGAUCCAAGUUGACCAGGCAGAGUAGUUUGGACAGUCAAGCCAGCUUCUUUCGGAGGGGUCGACAGGAUCAUGAGGAGAGGAGGACUGGAGGAAGAGGAGACUUUUUAUUCAGUUCUCUGAUGCUCAGGUCCGACAAGCUGCCCGGGGUGCUGCGCAGAUCCAGCCCGUGUCCGUAUGUGCGGAGGGUGGCUUGGGUUCGGGAGAUCCAGACCCUGCUGAAGGAGCAGAAGCUGGAGCAAGCCAUCGAUGUGUUGAAACUGCUUAGAAAGGACCUGGGUCUUGAAGGAACGUCCCUCAACGAUAUUCUCUACAAAAACGCCGCCUUCCUUAAUCUUGUGGAUCCAAUUUCUCAUGAGCUUUUGCUCAAUUUGGCCAGAGAUUUGCAAUGUCCCAAGAGGGAGGCUGAUGCUCUGAAGUCCUCAGAGAAGAUCUGCAGGCAGCUGAUUUAUCACCUCACUCCUCACUCCAAGUGGAGCAGACAGAACGUGCCCAGGAGGAAAACUCAAGCCUGUCUGAAGACUACACUGAAAAAGAAACUAGCAAAUGAUACCGUGGAUCUGUCUGGGAUUCCUCUCUCUGGCCGUGAUUUGCAUCGGGUGGCCUACUACCUUCAGAACAACGGCUCAUCUGUGACAGCGGUGGACAUCAGCUUUACAGAACUGCACGAUGAGAGCUUGCGGCUUCUUUUGCCAUACUUAGGAGUGCUACCGAAACUCUCCACGCUUGCCAUCAAUGGUAACCGGCUGACGGUUGCUAUCCUUAAAGACCUAAUAGAGGUGGUCAAGGACCCUCAAAAGUUUCCCUGUUUGGCUUGGGUGGACUUGGGCAACAAUGUGGACAUCUUUACCGUGCCCCAGCCGUUGCUGGUUGCCCUGCGCAGACGCUUUGGGAUGAGAAGCAGCCUGCCUACUAUCUACGAAUACAGCGAGGGCCAGGGCAGCAGCUACUGCCUAGAGACGUCUGUUGAGGAAAUCAGUGUGUUUGAGGAGGAAGAGGAGGACGAAGAGGAUGAACUAGAAGACCAUCUGGUGCUGGAAGCCUGGAGUGUAGAAGAGAAAAAUACUUUACAUUUCUGUGAGAGGUGAUGGACACUUGUUUCUAGUGCUUUCUUAUUUUCCAUUGGCUGGAAAUUCAACAAAGACCCAGCGAAAACUGCA